CUCUCCGAAACAACAGCUUCCAUCAUGAACACUAAGAUCGUCAUCCUCCUGGGCCUGGCUGCCAUCGCUGCGGCUGACAGCAGGGAAUCCUAUGAAUAUCUCCCACCAAGGGUUUCCUCCGAGGAAUCUGCCGAGUCCUACGAGUCCUCCGAAGCCAAGUACAGCUUCAACUGGGUCGUCAGCGAUGACUCCUCAAGCAACGAGUUCGGACACCAGGAGGCCCGUGACGGCGACCACACCCAGGGAUCCUACUACGUGCAGCUCCCCGACGGCCGCCUGCAGACCGUCAAGUACUUCGUGGACGGCGACUCCGGCUACGUGGCUGAGGUCAGCUACGAGGGCGAGGCCAGUUAUCCUGACUCACAUGAGUCCUUCGAGUCAGAGUCCGCUGAGUCCGCUGAGUCCCGCGAAUACAGACCUCCCAGGCCCCAGUACUUCUACGACUCCAACGAGUCCAAGUAAAUGUCUUGUCUGGCCAGGUCUUCAGUGUUAUUUUUUCAUCUACAUUAUUUAUGCCUGUGAAUCUUUUUUUGGAUUCACGAGAUUUUUUGUUUAAAAAAAAAAUCGAGAAUCCGAGUGUUUGGCUUAUUUGUGAAAAUUGGAUUCAUGCAAGUGUUUGUCUCUGUCCCAUUUAUUAAGAUUAUAACGUAUUUAUUUGAACAAUAAAGAUUCAGAAAGAGCAGAAAAA